GACAAAGAGCUUGGUUGUUCCUGGUAUUACUGUGUUGAAUGUCGCAGCUGUAUUUCCAUGGCCUCCCUCCUGCUUUCUGCUGUAGUUUUCAAAACAACUAUACUAGGAAUUGUGCCAUUUGGGAAGACUGUUGUGGUCGUGCUUGGGCCUAAAACCCAAAGGUAUGAACGCGUGGUGGGGUGAGGAUUUUCAUGGUGGAUUCCCAGAAGAUGUGCUUGUCAUUGACUGCAUCGUGAAAAAGAUUUCCAAUCUUUUCUCAUUUCCACUAUCACCUUUUUCUUUCUUCCUUUUCUUCAUUUUCAAACCCAAAGGAUGGAAAAGUGACCUCUGUCGGUUGGUUAACUUUGCCGAUGAAGUUUCCACGGAAUGGAAUCUUGGUAGACACUUUCCCGAUCAGUGUCCACACACUGUCUUGCGCCUACCCUGUUAAUUUUCAUUCUUUCUUUCUUGAGCGGUAUGUGUGUCUUAUCCACAAAAACAGAAUACUAAAGCGCUUCUUUGCAGUAACAGAGAGAGAGAGAGAGCAUCAGCUUGAGUAAUCAGAGUCAUGGCAGCAGCUGCUUCUUCUUAUUCAUCUCCACCUGACCACCGUGAUUCCUCCUACUCGGGAGAAUGGGAGUACGACGUCUUCUUGUGCUUCAGAGGGGGCGACACCCGCCAUGGUUUUACAAGCCACCUCAUGGCUGCUCUCUGCGACAGGAAAAUCAAAGCCUUUAUCGACACAAUGCUCCGUAAAACAGAGUCCAUCGACGAGCUCCUCUCCGUCCUCCAAAGAUCCGCGCUUUCGAUCGUGAUUUUCUCCGAGAAGUUCGCGGAUUCACCCUGGUGCUUGGACGAGGUGGCCACGAUUGUCCAAAGCAUGUCCAAAUUCGGGCACCGAGUGUUGCCGGUGUUCUACAAGGUCCGUUGGGCUGACGUGGCAGGGGACUCUGGCCGCUACUCUGCCAUCAUCAAUGGCGAGCUUAAAGCGAGCUCCGAGGACAACGAGAAAUGGAAGGAUGCUCUGAAAGCGGUGGCUAAUUAUGCUGGACACACCUCCUCUGCGAUUCCGAUGGAAUCUGAACUGAUCAAGGCGAUUGUGGAAGAUGUUCAGAAGCAACUGGUAGACAUGUCGCCAAGCAUCAGGUCGGAAAGCUUGGUUGGUAUGGGUUCACGUGUUUGGCAAGUCGAGCAAUUGUUAUCCAUGGAAGAAGCAGAUGAUACUCGUAUCAUUGGACUGUGGGGAAUGGCUGGAGUUGGGAAAACUACCCUCGCAAAAGCUUGCUAUGAAAGGGUGAUCUCAUCAACGAAAGGCAUCAAGCAUCAUUUCAUUCGAAACAUCAACCAAAUUUGUGGAGCGCACCAUGGGGUUGAUGGAAUAGUGCGUGAUCUCUAUUCAAAAGUGUUGUCCGAGAGUGAUCUAAGUCGUGACGAUUUAGAUAUGCAUUAUCGAAGAGCACGUCUUUCUUGCUCAAAGGUUUUCAUUGUCCUUGAUGAUGUCGAUACUCUUUGCCAGUUAGAGCAACUGCUUUUAGGAGAAGUCUUCAACAUCACCAAGCUCUUUGCUGCUGGGAGCAGAAUCAUCUUUACAACAAGGAACAAAAAAGUGCUCCAAAAUGCAAGGGCAAGGACAUACCAUGUCGCUUGUUUGAGUGAUGAUGAAUCCGUUCAACUAUUCAGCUUGCGUGCAUUCAGAGAGCGUUCCCCACCAGAUAAUUGGAUGGACCUGUCAUGUCGUGCUACAUCGUACUGCAACGGGAACCCCUUGGCGAUUAGAGUUUUGGGUGGUACAUUGUUCGAUGAGGAUAGAGAUUACUGGGAGAGUGUUUUGAACGGGUUGGGAUUGAUUCAAAACCCAGAAAUUGGAGACAUUCUCAGGAGGAGCUACAAUAAAUUGGGAUCUGAUGAGAAGCGAGUGUUUCUGGAUGUUGCUUGUUUCCUCAACGGGAUAUCAAGAUCCAGACUGGUAGGAUAUAUGGCAGCCUUGCACCCAUCUGCUCAUGCUACAGUGAAGGACCUAAUUGAUAAGUCCCUCUUGACUUGCAUCCCCAGUGAGGAUGAAGAGAAGAUUGAGGUGCAUGGGCUUCUUAUAGAAUUGGCUGUAAACAUUGUGAACGAUGAACCAAAGCUUGGCAAACGCAGCAGGUUGGUGGAUCCUGAGGAUAUUCACAAACUAUUGACAAGCACGGAGAUGAAAAGUUGGUCAGCAUUUCUGGUGAACCUUUUCUACAAAGGAGUGGAGAUGGUUCUACCUAGAAGAAAAAGAAGAAAAGUCAUAGGCAUGCAUCGGACAAGCAAUCGCGUAUUGGAGGGAGACAGAUCAACUGAAGGUAUCAAUUUGAAUCUUUUUAAAGCCAAAGAGAUGUAUUUGGAAGCCAAUGCCUUUGAAGGAAUGUAUUCUCUUACAUUUCUCAAAUUCUGGUGGCCGGAUCAUCAGCGUCCUAUCAAGAAGAAAAUCCAUUUGCCAUACGGUGGGCUUGACUCACUUCCUGACGGGUUGAGAUGGCUGGAGUGGGAUAGAUACCCUUCCAAAUCACUACCUUUCAGUUUUUAUCCCCAAAAUCUCGUCCAUCUUGCUAUACGAUGGAGUCCAAUUAAGAAAUGUUGGGAAGGAGUUGACCAUCCAAAGCUGGUGAGUCUGGUGGUGCUCGAUCUCUCCUAUUGCUUCAAUCUUACUGCUCUUCCAGAUAUCUCAUGCUCUUUACAACUUGAGGAACUCCUACUUAGGGGUUGCAAAAGCCUAGUUGAAGUACCCUCUCAUGUUCAAUAUCUGGACAAGCUGAUAAUACUUAACCUUGGAGGUUGCGAGAACCUCAUGCGUCUUCCAUCAAAACUCAACUCAAAGGUCAUUAAGCAUGUUCGGAUGAGGGAUUGUCCAAAGCUCAAGCACUGUCCGGAGAUUAAUUCAGGAGAGUUGUUGGAAUUGGAUUUAUUUAAGACACCCAUCCGGGAGUUGCCGACUGCAGUUAACUGCUUCAAGUUGGGUGGCAUCCUUAGUCUAUCUGGCAAAAACAUCACCAACUUCCCCACAACCUCAGCAAUCUUCCAGAGGUUUAAGUUGUACGGUACUGCAGUGGCAGAGAUGGAUUGUUAUGAUGAUUAUCAAGCUUCUUCUGAUUUAUUGCCGAAAUUUGACAUGCUAGAGUUGGAAGGUAACUCACUGCUCAAGAGCCUACCAAAGAAUAUAUGGAACAUGGUCACUGCUUCUCUCAUUGUUAGGGGCAGCCCACUGCUUGAGAGUUUGCCGGAGAUCUCGGAGCCUUUGAUUAGUUUAUCCCAACUUUUUUUAACGGAGUGUGAAAGUCUCGAAAGGCUACCAUCCAACAUCAACAAUUUCGUAUUUCUCGAUUUUCUGAAUUUGACAUCCACUGGCAUUAAGUCGUUGCCUUCCAGUAUCCAAGAGUUGAACCAACUCCUUUCAAUAGUUCUGAGCAACUGCAAGAGCCUUGAGUCUAUCCCAAGCAGUAUUCAUAAACUACCCAAGCUACAGAAGUUGCAGUUGGGAGGAUGUGGGCGUAUUCUAUCUUUGCCGGAACUUCCGCCAAGUCUCUUUAAGUUGGAUGUGGGUGGGUGCAAGUCAUUACAAGCUCUACCAAGCAAUGCCAGUGAGCUGAGUUGGUCCGGCCUCGUGUUUGACAAUUGCCCUCAACUAGACAAGACAGUUCCUGAUGAAAUAGUGGCAAAUUACUCUGUUUGCGCACAAUUGUCUAAGCACCCUAAGCCUACGGGGUUUCUUCACUAUUCGGGGAGCGAUAUUCCAGAAUGGUUUGCCUGCAAAAGCAUAUACGAUAAGGAUGCUUCAUGUAUAAUGAUGCAACUACCUCCUGCAAACUGCAACGGUAGUGAGCAAUUGAUUAAAGGAAUUGCAUUUGGUAUGGUGUGGCGUUCGGAUGCUCUCACUGGUCGCGAGAGUAUGAAAUGUGAUUGUGAUAUUGACACCUUCACGAUCGCCUCGUGGAGCUGUUUUAUUUUCCCAGAAGAUGCUUUGUGCGAAAGGUAUGAAUCGGACUUGGUAUCUCUAUGGUUCGACAAGAAAACCAAGGGAAGAAGAGGAAGAUGCGGGGAAGAUCAAUGGUACGUGAAAUAUGCUGGCCGCACUGUUACCUUCCGGUUCUAUGCUUCUAGAUUAUCAUAUGGAGGAGAUGUCGAGCAAGUGGAGAAGUUCAAAAUCAAAAGAUGCGGCCUCUCUCUUCUGUACUGAGUACAAGCAGGUGGGUGUCGACAUAAUGUGGAAAUGAAGGUCAUCUAUACAUGCUUCAUUUUUUUUCAAUAGUAAAAUUAACAUAAUUCCUAAUUAGAGUUUAUUCAAGUGACAAAAUAUUGGUUUUAACUGGUGGAUCUUGGAGUCUUCUGUUGACUUUGAGUUGUAGGCUAUUUGUACAGAUCGGAAAAGCCUCCAAUCAAUGAAGUUAUUGGUCAUGU